UACCACCAACCACUUCCCUUUCGAAACUUUUGCAUAGACAUGUCAGCAAGCGGAAAUCAGUCAGGCGAUGAAGGCGAUUUGGAUCUCAAGGAGCAGGAUCGUUACCUUCCCAUUGCAAAUGUUGCACGCAUUAUGAAAAAGUCAUUACCGGAAAACGCGAAAAUUGCCAAAGAAGCCAAAGAAUGCGUUCAAGAAUGCGUCUCAGAAUUCAUUUCUUUCAUCACUAGCGAAGCAAGCGAUCGUUGUUUACAAGAAAAGCGCAAGACCAUCAACGGAGAAGAUAUUUUGUGGGCAAUGCAAUCAUUGGGCUUUGAAAAUUAUGCAGAAGCACUCAAAAUAUACCUGGGCAAAUAUCGAGAGACGACCAAGUUGGAACGAGCCACUUCAUCCACAAAAGACAAAGAAGACGAUGCUUCGCCUGAUUCAAAGCAAUCACAGCAACAAGAUCAGCAGCAACCAUCACCACAACAGCUCUACAUGCAGCAACAGCAGCCAACGUCUCAGCCAGGCCAACCACCAGCUGGCAUGUCUGGCAACUUUUACAACGGUCAAUAACACAUUCAAUUAAAGAAAUCAAUAUCAAAACGUAUACUGUGCUCGGGACUACUAUUGUUCGUCUACAUUCAUUUGCUACAAGAGGGAAAUUAAGGAUCUACGCUUGGAAGGAUCGUCAUUC